ACCGGGAUCGGGAGCACCGGGACCCGGCGCCAGGGAUCCGGGCAUGGCCCUGCCGGGGAGCUGAGCGCAGGUUGGGAAGUGACCCAGGAGCUGCCACGAGAUCCACAAGCAAAGACCAAGGGAUUCCUGGUGCGGAUCCAUCCGGGAGCAGCCUCCAUUGAGAUGGAGAAGCAGGAGGAGACGCGGGAGAUCCUGCUCCCCAACUGGCAGGGCAGCGGCUCUCACGGCAUCACCAUUGACCACACGGAUGAUGGAGUCUUUGUCAAGCGGGUGCAGCAGAACUCACCGGCUGCCAGGAUGGGAGUCGUGAGGGAAGGUGACCAGAUCAUCAGUGCCACAGUUUACUUUGAGAACCUGCCGUCGGGGGAGGUGGCUCAGCUGCUCAGCACCAUGGGGCAGCACACGCUGGGGCUGCGCCUGCAGCGCAGGGGGGACCGGUCCCCAGUGCAGCCCUGGGGCCAGGAUGUCCUCAUGGGGGGCAGCAGCCCCGAGGUGGUGCUGAGUGGGGAUGAUGAGGAGUACCGCAGGAUCUACACCACCAAGAUCAAGCCGCGGCUGCGGUCGGAGGAGGGGCUGGAGCCGGAGGGCGCCGGGAUGCAGAGCAGCACCAUCACCGUCACCAAGCGGGUGACAGCCUACACCGUGGAUGUCACCCGCCGCGACGGGGCUACAGGCGGCGAUGGAGCCACAGGCGGCGAUGGAGCCGACAUCAAGGUCCUCAUCCCCACCAUGGAAACCAGUGUGGAUCCAGGGACAGCCACCAUGGAUGCUCCGUGUGCGCUGGGAACAGCCGGGAUAACGGUGUCGGGACCGAUGGAUGCUGCUGGGGGGGGAUCCAUUGUGGUGGAGGUACCGGGAUGCGCCGGCUCCGGCUCCAUGCCGGUGAGGGCCCCGGGAGGCUCCGUCACCAUUGGACAAGCAGGAUUCCAGGUCAAGGGGUUGGAUGGGAAAGGCUCCGGUUCCAGUAUGGAUGCGCAAGGGGGGAUGCUCCCAAGUGCUGCUGCUGCCCCUGGUGUGCAUGGGGGGAUCCAGGCUCCCACUGUGGAUGUUUCCUUCCCGGCCAUGGAAAACCAGGCUCUGGAUAUGGGAAAAAUCCAGAUUCCCGUGUUGAAAAUGCCCAAAUUUGGGUUCCCAGUGUCCGGAUCUGAUGUUCCGGCACCAGCUCCGGUCAUGGACGUCCCCAUCUCAUCCAUCCAAGUCACAGGACCUGGAAUCCCAUCUGCUUCCAUUGAGAUCCCAUCCCCGGUGGGGCUGAAGGGGGCGGUGAAAGGCCCCAGUGUGGAGCUCCCAGCAGCCCCCAUUGACAUUCCCAGUGCCAAAGGGAAGCUCCAUAUACCCGACGUGAGCCUCCCACAGGGUCCUGGUGUGGAAGUGGCUCUGCCCAAGGGGGAUGUUGGUGUUGCC